UUUGGGGUCCCCCCAAUUUUUGGGGUCCCCCUCCUGUGAUUUGGGGGUUCCCGAGGGGAUUUUUGGGGUUCCCGGCGGGUUUUGGGGCCGAUGCUGCUGACGGUGAAGGCGCUGCAGGGCCGCGAGUGCUGCCUGCAGGUGGCCCCCGAGGAGCGCGUGGGGACCCUCAAGGCUCUGGUGGCCGAGCGGCUGCAGGUCCCGGUGGAGCAGCAGCGGCUCCUGUUCCGCGGCAAGGCCCUGGCAGACGAGCGCCGCCUGUGCGAUUAUUCCAUCGGACCCUCAGCGCGGCUGAACCUCGUCCUGAAACCGCCCCCGGGGGGGGGAGGGGGAGGGGCGGGAGGGGGUGGGGGAGGGGCAGGGGAGGGUGGGGGAGGGGAAGGGGCCGCCCCUCCCCCCCUCCCGCCCCCCCCGAGCCCCUUCGGGCCCGAACUGGCGCCGAUCCUCGGGCGGCACUUCGGGAGCCGCGACGGGGCGCGGGUGAUGCAGCAGCUGCUGAAGGAUUACGAUCGGGCCCUGCGGGGGCUCAGUCUGGACGAGUUGGAGCGUUUGGGGGCGCGGCUGCUGCAGGAGGGGGGAGGGGCGCCCCUCCCCCACCCCCCGCCCCUCCCCCACCCCCCGGAGUGCGGCCCCGCCCCCACCCCCUGAACCCAGCCCGAAUUCACCCAAAAAAUUGGGAAUUUACCCCAAAAAUUUCCAAUUUUACAGCGAAUUUUACCCCCAAAAAUCCCUGAAUUGACCCAAAAAUUCCUGAUUUCACCCAAAAAUUCCCAAUUUUACAGCGACUUUUACCCUAAAAAUCCCCGAAUUCACCCCGAAAUCCCCGAAUUUCGCCCAAAAAGUCCCAAUUUUACAGCAAAUCAUACCCCAAAAAUCCCCGAAUUUACUCAAAAAUCACCAAAUUGACCCAAAAAUCCCUGAAUUUGUCCAAAAAUCCCCGAAUUUAGCCUAAAAAAUC